AUAUAAUUCAAAUGACAGUCAAAUAUGUCGGAUAUCCGCAGAAUAUCAUCGAUCUGGUCACACUGGGUUUUCGUUUUCUUAUCAAUACGACUAUCCACCAGGGCGUACAAUAUUCAAAACCAUAUUAUAUUUAUUUUAACGGACAAACGUCGUUACGUUUCCGAUCUACAAUACAAGUUGCAACUAGUUUUGGAAUCCUUUUUGGAGUCCGGUUUCCACGUUCAACUGUUGGCGUGUUUCGUCUGUCAAAUAAAUCCAUUUCGACAGAUUAUUUUAGACAUUGGACUUUACUAUAACUCAUAAGUCAUAAUAUAACAGUUGAUGUUGAUAUUUUUCGGACCCGAUCAAACAAUUGAAAAAAAACCCAUUUUUACCUAUUGAAUUUUUUUUGUUUCUCCUUAUUUUACAAAUUUACAUCCUAUUAAUUUUACCUACGAUCCUAUUACGGCUAUUUUUAUUUUUGAAUCCUUCGAUUUUGUGCUCACGCACACGUCUUACAAACAUUUGAAUUGCAUUCCAGCUGCCUAAUCAUCCUGCUACCUGCUUUGUUCCAGCUAUCUAAAGUUUUGUUUGGUGUGAACAAAGUAUUCGGAUUAGUCACAUAAAGAUUUCUGUUGUUCCACAGCUGAAAGAUGUCUCAAUUUAGCUAUGUAAAUGAUUUAAAAAGUGCAGUUAGAAUGGAUGAGCCAAUUACCAGCGGUCCAGCUCCACGUUGGAUGAAGAAAAGCGUUGAAUCAACCUCAAGUUCUGCAAAUACGUCAAGAAAAACUAAUGAACUAAUGCCUAUCAAGAAGACACCAUCAAAAACACCUAAUAAAUCAAAAUCACCAGCUUCAAGAUCAGCAUCAAACACACCAGCUAAACCUAAAACACCUGGUGGUGACAGAUUCAUUCCUUCCAGAAUGUCUACAAAUUUUGACAUAAGUCAUUUUAAGAUGAACCAAGAAAAUGAAAACCUUGACUUAAGUCCAACUCAAUCAGACUACAGAAAAGCUAUGUCCGAGAAUCUUCAUGGAUGUGACAUUAAUAAUGUCCGUGUUCUUUCCUAUCAGAACAAAGCACCGGCUCCUCCAGAUGGUUAUCAAAAUGCCUUAAAAGUAGUUUACAGCCAAUCCAAGACUCCCAUGAAUGUACGGGGAGCUACUCGUUAUAUACCACACGCACCAGAUCGUAUUUUGGAUGCUCCUGAAAUUGUUGAUGACUAUUACCUAAAUUUAAUUGACUGGAGCUUUUCCAACAUAUUGGCCGUAGCCUUGGGCACAAGUGUAUAUCUUUGGAAUGCUGACACUGGGGCCAUUGACCAACUGUUAGAUUUAGAAGGUGCAGACUAUGUAACAUCCCUGAGCUGGGUACCCAACGGAAACCUAUUAGGUGUUGGAACUGCUUUAGGACCUGUACAAUUAUGGGACGCAUCUCAGACAAAGCGGCUGCGUAUAAUGAACAGUCACAGUUCAAGAGUGGGUGCUAUGUCAUGGAACAGUCAUAUACUAACUACAGGUUGCAGAAAUGGCCAACUUGUUCACAACGAUGUCAGACAGAGAGAACACAUUGUUGGUACAAUUCAAUCCCACACUCAAGAAGUUUGUGGUCUUAAAUGGUCAACUGACGGUCGUUAUCUAGCCAGUGGAGGCAAUGACAACCUGCUAAAUGUGUACAGUGGAUUACCAGGCCAAGCUACUUACCAAUCAGAACCGAUAUACAGUUUCAGCCAACAUCAAGCUGCCGUUAAAGCAUUGGACUGGUGUCCAUGGCAAACCAAUGUGCUAGCCAGUGGCGGCGGUACAGCGGAUCGAACCAUCAGGUUUUGGAAUUGCAAUAACGGCCAGUGUAUCAAUUCAGUCAAUGCUAACUCACAGGUGUGUGCUAUUCUGUGGUCAAAAACAUACAGAGAAUUGGUUUCGGCGCACGGUUUUGCAAACAACCAGCUCACAAUUUGGAAGUACCCUUCACUGACAAAGGUCGCUGAGCUCACUGGACACACAAAUCGUAUUUUGAAUUUGGCCAUGUCACCAGAUGGUUCAACGGUACUCUCAGCUGGAGCAGAUGAGACCCUGCGAAUGUGGAAGUGCUUUUUGCCAGAUCCAAAUAAGAAGAAAGAACACGAGAAGCGCUCUUCUAGACCUACUAUGCUGGGACCAGGCCUAAGAUAAAUAUAUUGUAUUUGUUAUUUUACGUUCUUUGUCAAUUAAACUUAUAUAUAAUAUUUGUGUAAAUUUUUACUUGUGUAAUUUUAGCUUUUCUAUUUUAUUUAUACAAGACUCAAGUCAUACUUUUACUUGCAUAAUGUACAUACUCAAAUAUAUUUUUUUUAUAAUUACUUUUUCCAUUGUAUUAUUUUCUAUGUCAAUGUAUUUUCUUGAACAAGUAGUUUCAUGUUAACUUAAGACCAAAUGUAUUUAGAAUAAGUGCUUAAAUUGACUACAAAAAUUAAUACACUAGUACAUUUUAUAUAAUGACUUUAAUUACUUAUAUUAUAAUAAUAAACAAGUCUUUGGCUACUUUAUGUUUACGUGUGAAAUAAUAUAAUAUAAUAACAUCAUAGUUAUAUUAAGCUUAUUGACUUAUUAGUUAACAUAAAGGAAUAACAAAUUAAAAAGAAAUAGAAAUAGAAGUUAAGUUACAAACAAAAAAACAUUGGAUAAUAAUAAAAAAUAAUAAGUUUUAAUUCGGUUGGUUUGUAAUGAGCCGUAAACACGUAAUUUAUACUAUUUAGUAUUUAUUACUUAACUAUUAUUCAAAUCUGAACAAUAUUACAACCCGAUAUUGAAGACGCCCUACGGCUGUACAACCAACAGAACCAUUUAUUUUGUGCCUCAGCAAGAUACAUUUUACAAAGAGAAUUCCCAACACAAACAAACCCUACAACUACGUGCACUUAGAGAUGAGAUAUGGAAACCUGACUAGUAUUUGUUUUAAUAAAAACUGUACUUGGACAAUUUUUACCAUUAAAGAUGAUUUGAGUUUAUAAAAAUGACUAGACAUAUUAAACGCGUGUGUUGAAAUGACAAAAUGUCACGUACAAAAAGGUAAUAGAGGUAAUAAUGUAAUAUCAAAUUUUGAAUUGACUCAUCUCCAAGUUAACAAAUCAGACUACACUGUGCGUUGUACACGAAGAUAUGAAAAAAUAGUGAAAAAACCAAUACAUAAAUGUAAAAAAAAAAAAA